UGUGUUUCAGGUUCGGCUGUUCUGGCUCUCUUGUUAGCUGGCUAUCUAGCACAGCAGUAUUUACCGAUGCCUACACCGAAAAUAAUUGGGAUUGACCUUGGCACGACAUACUGCUCUGUUGGUGUCUUUCUUCCUGGAACUGGGCAGGUGAAGGUUAUUGCAGAUGGAAGUGGGCACAACAGCAUACCAAGUAUAGUCUCUUUCACAGACAGUGAUGUGUACGUAGGAUAUGAUGGCCUAGAACUGGCUGAUUCAAAUCCUCAGAACACCAUAUAUGAUGCAAAAAGAUUCAUUGGGAAAAUCUUCUCUUCAGAAGAACUGAGAAGAGAAAGUAGCAGGUAUCCCUUUAAGAUUUUGAACAACAAUGGAUCAGCUGAAUUUUCUGUGACAACCAAUGAAACCUUCUGCGUCACGCCAGAGCAUAUUGGCUCUCAGCUGAUACUGAAACUGAAGAGGAUGGCAGAAGACUAUCUUGGCAUGCCCAUUUCGAGGGCAGUCAUCUCUGUGCCGGCAGAGUUUGAUGAAAGGCAACGGAAUUCUACCAUUAAGGCAGCUAACCUCGCAGGGCUAACAAUUUUGCGAGUAAUCAAUGAACCCACAGCUGCAGCGAUGGCUUACGGACUCCACAGAGCUGAUGUGUUUAAUGUUCUGGUGGUGGAUUUGGGUGGAGGAACUCUGGAUGUGUCUCUGCUGAACAAGCAGGGAGGGAUGUUCCUGACACGAGCCAUGGCAGGUAACAACAAACUUGGAGGACAGGAUUUUAAUCAGAGGUUGAUGCUGUAUUUAUACGAUCAGCUCCAUCAAGCGUAUGGUUCUCUGCCAACAAGAAAAGAAGAAAUACAUCGCCUCAGACAGGCAGUGGAAGCAGUUAAGUUAAAUCUGACUGUUCAUGAGGCAGCUAUGCUGAGGGUGGUGUUGACUAUGCCGGAAAGGAAGCUUACAAAAGAACUUCCAGAAAUGGAGUUAAACGCUAUGCUCAAAGACAAGCCUUCACAGAGAACAGAAGAUCUGAAUGAUCUUGGAGACACUUGGAAAGUAGAGAACAACUUUGUCAAAGUUGUGUUUGAAAAGGAAAUCUCCAGGAAGCUAUUUGAGACAUUAAAUGAGGAUCUUUUUGAGAAGAUCCUUGUUCCCAUCGAACAGGUGUUGAAGGAAGGCCACCUACACAAAACAGAAGUGGAUGAAGUUGUGUUAGUUGGAGGCUCCACUCGCAUUCCUCAGAUACGUAAAGUUAUUCGGGAUUUCUUUGGAAAGGAUCCUAACACCUCCGUAGAUCCUGAUCUAGCGGUUGUAAUGGGCGUAGCUAUCCAAGCAGGAAUUGUUGGUGGGUCCUGGCCUCUCCAAGUCAGCGCAAUAGAAAUUCCUAAUAAGCAUUUACGGAAGACUAAUUUCAACUGAAAAGAAACUCUUCCCUGUUGCAUUCCAUGACUCCGAAAGUGUACUGAUGCUGCACACUUACCUGACUGGCAGCGGAGCCUAACCUUAGCCCUGUUACAUUCAUUUUUUU